CGUGAAUCCAUCUCAAAACGCUACCUGGCCGGUCCACGUACCUGUGUCUCGCCUCUUGAGUUGACGAACCUACAUACGAUAGCUCUACACGACCCCUAGGACUUCAAGAUACACUAAGCUCCCUAUCGCAUCCACCGACACCGACCAACUUUUCACUAUUGUUCCCAUGGCAAGCAGUGUCACAGUCUCGCUUCUACCUGUGUCCCUGUCGCUUGUGCACAUCCCUCGUUCGCGCAUUCAUGACAAUAUACACUCUAUCCUCCGACAACUACUACUUCCCAGCCGAACAUUUCUCAAUGUCACCAUCAACGAGGUUGAGCUUAGCAUAUUUGCAGAACAUCACACACUCCAGGACUUUGAGCUUGCUGCUCACGAAGACGCACGACUCUCCCGAGAGCAGAAGCGGAAACACCGUUCCAAGGAUGAGUGGAAGCCUGUAGAGAUCUCCUUUGAGAGGUGGAACGUUCUUCAGAUUGAUUCUCACUCGGACGGACUAGACAACACUUCUGGUGCCCGCGUGCACGAACUUUCUGCUCCUUUGGCCGCCGCCGGUGUCUCCAUCCUCUACCAGUCCUCAUAUAUGAGCGAUUUCAUUUUUGUGAAGGAACACCGUCUUUCCGAGGUCAUGUCACUCCUUGGCUCGGCUGGGUUCGACCUAUAUCAGUCAGAUCCGGACAACCUCACGUCUCAGCUAUCGCGGCUAACAUCGCCUAUUAUUUCGCCUCUCACACACGCGGAAGAUGAUGAUUCAUCCAUCCACCUACUUGACCUGUCGGCACAGUCAUCUAUCACCCCCGAAAAUGGUGCCGUCUUGACACGCUCGCGGAGCAACACGGAUUCCAGUCCGAAGUCGUCGUCGUCGUCGUCCCCGGUUCAGUUUCGCGACGACGUCGAACCCGCGACGCCUGAUCAUGGAGAACAUAUAGGGGGCAGGCCGGCGCCUACGCGCUCCCUGAGUCAUUCGCCCUCCGGGAGUGACGUGCGAGUACUUGACCCGGACCUCACUUGCAUCGGAUUAUCUGACGACAAUGCUGACUUGUGGGGUCUGAAGAUCGUCAAGCUCGUUGCGUUCCCCGAUCUUAUUCUACCGACGCCCAGCAUGCCAUCGCCCAAAAUGCAUCGCAAAAGACCGCCCAGGCCUCCCGAGCUUGCCAUCGUCGCUUCUGUAGAAGUCGUGCUCUCUUCAUCUGCCGGCCCCAGCUGCACGCUGGGGGACGGGGCCCCGCUCACGUCAGAAAGCGAGUGCGAGACCAUUGGGAGCGCCAACACACCAUGUAUCGGCGAACUUGACAAAGAUUGCCGGGCAUCUUCUGAGUCGCCGAUAUUUGACCUCGAUGAACAGGCGAGACCGUGGGACGAGAUCGUCGGAGACGACGACGUAGAAGAGUCUAGCGAGGAUGACGAGUCUUCGGACAUCUCUACUCCAGUCCACCUGCAAGAUAGAUCACUUUCCACAAGUCCGCGCUCUGGGAAGCAUCGUCGACCCAAUUUUCCGCACUACGACUCUGGCAAGACUGCAAUAUUCAAGCCGCGGUCGAAGCGGCGUGCAGCGCGUCGUUCGUCUCCUCCUACACGGGGACCGCAGACACAGUCACUCGUUCCCUUCUUCUCGUUCACUCGCACACCAGAAGGCUCCUCCUUGACCGCCCCUGUAUCACUACUGGCAGCCCUCUUUCCGGCAAGCGAGCGCUAUAUGGUUAUCUGCAGCAGCGAACUCGAUAUGCUCGAUUCGCGAGCUGCGUCACCUGUGACUCCAUCUGCCGACGCAUCUGAGAUAGAUGAUGACGACAUGUCGGAGGCGCUUCCCGAACCCGAGGGCACGCUAAAGUGUCUGCAAAUUGACCUCCGUAGGUAUGGCCUUGAUAAAUUUGGUCUCGUCAGCCGUUAUUCCCGCACACUAGAAGCAAACGGGAUAAACCAUCUCUAUAGCUCGACUUACAAAACUGCCAACUUGCUUGUCGAUAAAGCGCACGCUGGGCGAGCUCAAGCACUGUUGCGAUCCUGCUAAGUCCUGUUAUCUCCCGCCCUCAGCAGGUCGACGCCCGUUUGCUCUCGAUCCACGGUUUUGCAUGAAUCUGCGAUGGAGAGCGACGAGACGUAAUGCCUGCAGAGCUGAUACGACUGCAGUGGAUGUCAUAACGACCACACACCCCUUCUCACGGUUUUCCCGCGACGCGAGCUGUCCCUACUUACCCUGGAAUACCCCCACCUUAGCAAUGCUAUCUACCCACUUUAAAACGAGGAGUGCCUUUACUACGACACCACUCCUUCAGCCUGUAAGCCAUCUUCUCAUUUUGCUGUCCUCGCUUCUCGGGACCAGC